CGCAUUCACAACGAUCGCGAAUGGAUCGUCGCUCUGGUUGCGCGCGAUCGUAACUUUACAUCUGCAUCAUGGCCGCCUGCGCUCAACUUUGAAUACAAAAGAAAGAGAUACAUACGUAUAAUACAUGUUUUAUGUGGUGCGCAUGUCUCAAGGAGUACGUGAAUGUCUUGAAUGUUUAUGAAUACUUUCCGAUAGAUUGUAAAAAGGAUGAAAAAUUUUUUCAGGAAGGUGGAACACGCAUUCGUGCAUAUGACAUGGCGCAGGUUAUCGCAGUUUUAUCCACGAUUCCAAAGUUAUCACAUCAUCUCCGUACACACCUUCCAAAUUUAAUUAUCUACGAUGUUUUGUCAGAAAAAGACAAUGUGUUAUCAAAACUCAAUAAGGCAGAAAUAAUGGUGGCUGAUUGCGAUUUAUUAAUACCAUAUUUGGGAAAAUUACCAAAACUGCAGUGGGUACAAUCAACUUGGGCAGGAUUGGAUUAUUUAAAUCCAUUUAUUCAAGAUAAACAAUUUGAUUUUAUUCUUUCACGUUUUUCUGAUAAAAGUUUUGGCUUAGCAAUGUCAGAAUAUGUGAUAACACAGAUUGUAAACUUUGAGCGAGAUCAGAAACAGCAAUACGAAAAUCAAAAAAAUUCAGACUGGAUAACAGAUGGUAAAAUAAAAAAUCAUAGAUUAAUUCGGGAUUUAAAUAUAGGCAUUUUAGGAUUGGGAAAUAUUGGAAAAUUCAUUGCACAACAUUUAAAAAUAUUUGGGGCUACAAUUUGGGGAAUGACACGCACCCCUUUGAAAGAACAUUUGGAUUACAUAGAUGAACAUAGAACGACAGAUUUAUUACCAGAUAUAUUAAAAAACUGUGAUUAUAUUAUUAACGUAUUACCUUCUACUAAAAAUACUAUUGGACUUUUAAAUGGGACAAUUCUGGAACAUUGUAAAGAUCAUAAUGCUGUAUUUAUUAAUAUUGGUCGUGGAACAGUUAUUAGAGAAGCAGAUCUUUUAAAUGCUUUGGAACGCAAAUGGAUAAGUGCUGCAAUUUUAGAUGUUUUUCAAGAAGAACCAUUACCAAAAAACAGUAAAUUAUGGAAUUUAUCGAAUGUAACUAUUUCACCACAUAUCUCUGGUGUGACACGUCCACAAGAUGUUGCUAGUCUAUUUGCAGAAAACUAUGCAAAAUAUAAAAAUGGUGAAUCCAUACCAAACAGUUUUAAUUAUCAAACAGGUUAUUAAAUAUUUUCUAUUAAUGGUUGUGCGCAUUUGUAAUAAAAAAGACUCAUAUCAUGGAUUUGUAAUCUACAAAUAUAUUAUAUAUACUCAAGAAAAUAAAUCAAAUAUUAUACACUUGA